GAUGAUGGUGGGGUGUGACUUGUGUGUAUAUAAUUGAUAUCCGUAUUAUGAUAGGCCCUUUCCUCUUUUCCACCUUUGCUUUUCAAUUCUUUCUUCUUCCUUCUCUCAACUUUCUUUAUUUUCCCUCCUAGUUUAAUAGCUGGAUUUCUGACCCAAUUGUCUGCUUGAUCAUCAAACCCAUCACUUUCUUUCCCUUUGUUUUCUUUUCUAAUUAAACCGUAGUUUGCUUCCUACCCUUGAUCACUUCUUCAUAACCCUUCAAUUUAAUUCCUAGAAGAUCCAAGAAACCAAGAGAAAUAAGAUGACUCCGGCGGCUACACCCACAACUAACUACACCGUUGGCCAGUUUGGUGAUACAACUUACACUAAAGUUUUUGUUGGUGGGUUGGCUUGGGAAACCCAAAAAGAUACCAUGAAAGCUUACUUUGAACAGUUUGGUGAGAUCUUGGAAGCUGUUGUCAUCACUGAUAAGAACACAGGCAGAUCUAAAGGAUAUGGUUUUGUGACUUUCCGGGAAGCCGACGCGGCGAUGAGGGCUUGUGUCGAUGCGGCUCCCGUGAUCGAUGGUCGGAGGGCCAACUGCAAUCUUGCUUCUUUGGGUGUUCAACGAUCCAAACCCUCAACCCCUAACAAACUUGGUGGAGGAAGGACCAUUAGGUUAAUGGGUGGUUAUGGAGGAGUGUAUCAUCAUAAUCAUCAAGCUGGUGUUGCAGGUGGAAUGGGAACAACGGCCUUCCCUGCUGCUACAGCCUUCCCUCAUUAUGCCAUCCACCAAGGCAUCCCUUUUCCUGCUACCAAUCUAUAUGGAUACUCAACCUAUUCUCCAGAUUAUGCCUACCCAACAAGUUACUAUAAUGUAUAUGGAGGUACAAAUGGGCAGUAUCCAAUUUAUGGAGCGAGUGUUGGUGCAGCAAGUGGUAUGGUUGCAGCUGCGGGUGUAGCUGCAGCCGCUGCCUUCUACCCGUAUUUGAACAUGGCGGAAGGCGGCCAUGGAAGUUAUGCUACUGGUCAAAGUUAUGGUGUGUACCCACACCAUCUUUACCAAUAUGCGGCCAUGAAUUCUUCUGUAGGGUACCCACAACAGUAUGGUACCCCGAUCUCUCUCGCCGCCACAUCUCCGUUGCAACCUGCAGUUUGUUUCGCUGUGCCACAGGCGUAAACGUGGUUCUACAAUCGCCUGCUACUCAUCAUUAAGAGAUUCAAGAAUUGCAUUGAUCAAGCAUGCAUUCCCUUUCUGUUCAAAGAAUCUUUUUCGUCCGAAAAAAAUACCCGACCUUUGGUCCAACCAUGGUUAUCUCUUUUCUAUCACUUUCAUGGAGCCCUUGAUACGGUUAAUCAAGGCCAUCCAAGGCAUGGAAACAAACCCCCCAUAGGGGUUACCAUCAUCAUUUGAAGGACAUUUGUCUAUCUUUUCUUGAAAGGGAAGGUCCCCUACAGGAGAAGGACACCCACAAAGCAUAUGCAUGUGGUCUCACCAACUUAUGGAUUAAGUUAGGAGAGGUUUUAUAUAAGUUUUUGGCUUGUGGAAAUGGCCAAAAGAAAAAAAAAACUAAGACAUCAUAAUUUCAACUCAUUUUCUCUUGAACUAGGAGAAAUUGUAAAUGCUUAAGGUUUCAAAUUUCUAUGAAAGAUGUCUUUUUUUAUAUAAAUGCAUAUAGUUUAAUCAUGGGCAUUGGAAUAUGCCGUGAGUUUUGUUUUUCAAACAUUAACCCUAGUCUUAGAUUUUUUAAAAGCUUGACUAGCAUGUUUUUGUUAAAACGUUUUUCAUUUCAAUCAAAUUUUGUUUUUACAAAAUCUUCAUGUGUUCUGAGGCUAAGAACAUAUGAUGUUUCUUUUUUCAAUUCCACUGUAAAUUUACAUUGGCUAAACAAAGGGAGUUAUAGCCAUGUGACUAAAUAACAUUUAGGUAGAAUCAACUUUUUAGCUAGGUAUCAUGAGCUUCGUUAAUGGAAACGAAGCUCAAAUGCAUUAGAAAGUAAACCGAGAGUGAUAUUUUCAAUCUUUCAGUUUAUGUUCUCUUAACACAUUAACCAUGGUUAGGACUAAGGUCAACUCCCCCCCCCCCCCCCCAAUCUGUAUUUCGAUUUCAAAUUACUACUUUGAGAGAAAACUUGGCACUUUUUAUAAUAUGUAAUCAUGAUCUAAGAUUCUAAGAUUUGAACUUUGUAUUGUAACUAGGAAUUCAUGUUGCUUAAAUACAAGACUCAUUCUCAAUCAAUGGUGAUUGAGAUGAGCCUCUGCUUACUUCUUUUAUUUUCA